AAGGGGUUGGGCUCGUACCAAGUACAAGCUUUUUACAAGCUAUUUACAAGCUAUUGUAAAGAUCAAAGACUUGCUGUAGAAUUGCCAGAUCUGCUGUCCAAGAGAUGGACGAGCGACACUGGUGGUUUGCAUCCAAGCUUCAAGAAACCUUCCACUUCGGAGGCUACGAUAACCCCACACUUUUGGAGGAUUUCCUCUCUGAGUCACAUGUAGUGGACAAAAUCAACUCAUUCCUGGCUCCUGGAGAGCCGCAUAAACUGUUCUUCUAUUGCGAUACAGCUCCUCAAUCCAGCUCACUUGGAGAAGCUCCUUCAACAUCACGACAGCUCCAUAUUAGAGCUCAAUUAUCGAAGGACGUGCUAGCAGAGGGAUGCGUUUGCCUCUACAUACUGCGCAGGGACAUUGGGGGAGAGGUGGAUGUCACGCAGAUGGAGCGAGAACUAUUCUGUGGAGAGCUUCGUCACUCCCUCCUGUCCAGUUUAGCUGCACUCCUGACUGAAGUGUACACCCCACUACUGCAUACUCAGAGAAAUUGGGGCGAAUGCAGCGACGACAGCGUGUCCAAUUUCCUGCAAAAUUUCGACAAGUUCUCAAACAGUCUCCUGGAAACGGCCACUCAAGCCCAGAUUCACCACCCCCUGUUACGAAGACCUGGCUAUGAUCUGAGGUAUGAACUGUCUAGUGGUCAUGUGGGGGGCGGGGCUAGGGGGAUAUCCCUACUGGCAGAGGUAGUGAUCGAGUGUGAGGGACUGGUUGCAGACUGGAUUGGAACCAUUGAGGGCAUACUCAUCGAAACCACUGAUGAAAGAUUGGAAGACCCUCAAGGUAGUCCAUUGGCUGAGUUGAGCAAGUGGCAGCGUCGAGGUGUCAUCCUCUCCUCGCUAGUGGAGCAGCUCAAGAGUAAGGAGAGCAAGGCUGUGCUCGGGGCACUGGUAGCCACCAAGUCCAAACUACUCAAGAAAUGGAAGAGCAGUGAUCUUCAGAUCACUGAUGCAUUCAACAACUCUCGUGAUCGUGUCCGUUAUCUGGAGGCACUUGCCCCACACCUGGAGGCCCUCCUCUCCACACCACUCACACCCACACUCACGGCACUCCUGACCACCAUCAAACAGAUGGAUGGACUCUCUCGGGCUUAUGCUCGAUCGGGUUAUCUAGGAAUACUAUUUACCAAGAUAUCAAACAGCCUAGUGAAGGUGUGCAGAGAUGAUCUAGAGUCCUACUGCACAAGCAAAGGAAAAACAGAAGACCAAUUCUGGACCCUGCUAUCCCAAGCCAUAAUCAGUGGCUCUACCUCGAAAGAUCACCCACCACUAGUAGCCAAGCUAAAUUCUUACCUAUCGUUUUCAACUGUGUACAAAGAGCUGCUCACACAACUGAAGGAUGCGCUGCUAACGUCCGUACCUUUUGGCCUCUCUACAAGCACAGGGCUUACUCGACAUGCUGUGUCACAUCUGACCAAUGGAUUUGCUAAGAAGACUGUGACAAAAGGCACCAUGAGCGAAAGCAGUCGAACUAGUGUUAUGAGCAGUUCCACCUCAGGGAUUGGUCUGCAUAACAUUGAAACCAUCAUGUCUGAUCUAAACUUGUUCUCAGCUCGUGUUGUCAAAGUAUUGGACAUAGUAGACACUCUCGGACAAUUCAAGCAACUGAACAUUGAUUCUCGGCUGGAAGGUCUCCCCUGGAUAUCAGGAUUGUGGCGUUUGGAACUGGACGGUGGGACCGAAGUGACGUCUAUUCGAGAUAGUACUCACAGCUGGGGGGAGGUGGUGGUUCAAGACUCUGAGGUUGGUAAAGAGAGUGUUGCUAGUGGGUCAGACGUGACGAUGGACUAUUUGGAGGUGCUGGUUGGUGGAGGGUUGAAUGUAGGAGAUCCCUUGCCCUCACUCAAGGAGGAGAGCCUAGUCUUGUCCACUAGGAGCACCACAGAAGGUCCAGCUCUGGCAACUAUGUCCACACACAGCACAAGCUCCACAACUUCCACCACCGUCACCGCCUCCACACACUCACACAAGGCACAUUCUGACUCGCCCACUGAUAGUGUAGCACUCAUGGUCGAGACCAACAUACGAUUAAUCCAGUCCAAACUGGAACUGGCGUGUGCCCGUGGUGUGGAGGAUGUGUUCAGCCUUGGCAAGGACAGGGAGAUCUUCCUUAGUGCCUAUCAAGAGUACUCCGAGACAGUGGGCAAUAUCGAGGAGAACCUGUGUGCCUACUUGAAGGCAGUAUUUGUUGAUGUGGGCAGUUCUUGUCGUGCUUUAGACGUGGUCUCACGUUUCUCCCCUGUAUCGAGACGAGUUGCUCUCCGUGAGGCAGUCCAUCGCUGCAUGAGCCUGGCCUUCAGUCGGUACUUCACUGAGCUAGAGGAGAUACAGGCACACUAUGAGAGGAACAAGGGUUGUCCCCCUGUGAGUCGUAAUGCCCCUCCAGUGGCCGGGGCCGUGUCCUGGGCCAGACAGCUGCUAAGGAGAGUGGAGGAGCCGAUGGUGGCCUUCAAACAGGAGGGGUCUGUACUGCAAUCGAAGGAGUCAGUGUAUGUGAGCAGACUAUACAAUCGUCUAGUGACUGCCCUCCUGAAGUACGAGGUGUUGUGGUUGAGUCAGUGGAGGGGUGGAGUGGAGACUGGGAGGGCGGGGCUUCAGAGCACCCUCCUAGCACAGCACGAGGACGGAGAGAGAGGGGUCGUGGUUAGGGUCAACUGCAGUCAGAGACUUCUCCAACUAAUGGCUGAGUCCAAGGCUCUGCUCGGAAUGGGAGUGGCCAUUCCUGACUCUACGAAACUACUGCUAGCACAGGGAAGUCGUGUCAAGCAAUUCAAGCAGCAACUGGAACACGUUCUCAACGAUUUCUACUCCAUCCAACAUUCGCUAGACCCGCUUAUCAAGCCGUUAUUAGCGUCCACCAUUGAUGGGUGUGUGCGAACGCUCAUGCCUGGUUGGACCACCCUCACUUGGAGUCUAUUGAACAUCGAUGCUUAUCUGUAUAAAGUCAACACUAAUGUGUCCUCUCUGAGAGAGCUGGUGGGAAGAGUGCGGGAGAUUCUGAGUGAUAAAGUGUAUCACUGUCUGGAGGAGAUGUCCACCAGCUCACUGUUUGAUCUCCGCCUGGCCACAUCCAAGAGCUGGCACCCGAAUGAAUUCACUAAAGUGAUCCUCUCCUCAAUUACCGAUCGCUCCAACAGUCUCCUUACAAACGUACUCACUAUUCGAACGGCCCUACUGGAAAUAAUCUCCCUCUGUUCAGGAGAAGGGGAGGACAGAACCCUCGGCCUGAUAACCACAGCCCUGGAGAUGAGUGCCCCUCAUCAACAAGCCCUCCUCAGUACGGGUAGCAGUGAGAACAGCAAGAAAGCUCUGCACAGUACAGCACACAGUGGGGUACUGUCUGGGGCCCAGUCCACACGCAAUACAAGUGUGGCUACCUUAGGGGCAACGUCUAGUCACUUUUUGGCGCAAGUGUUGAGUAAGCUGGGAUCAGUUGAAGAAGCCGUGCUGGUAAAGUUUUGUGAGAUAGUGUUCGAUAAAGUCGGUAAGAUGGUUGUGAAAUCUCACGACCAACUCUGUUCUUGUCUAUGGAGCAGCGGAGAUCUGGAAUCAGACACCGGCCGCAGCAGGUCCAAUUCCAAUACAACAAUCUCGAAAACCAUCAAAGCAAAAUCGAAAAACGUUUCCUUCAAUCUGCCAGAUUCGCCGGCUAAAGGCAACAGUGCUACAGAACUAGAAAAUGAUCUGAUCAACUCCAUCUCACAAACUAUUCUCCUUCCUGACAAAACCAAGUCCACUCCACCGCUGCAGCUAGAGGUUGAAGUUCACUUUCUCAUUCCACGUAUUUGUUUGAAACCCAGUCUGGAUGAAGUGCAAUCACAUCUAUCUCAAGUGUCGGGGGCGAUUGCUCGUGUGCUUCAUCUGGUGGUAUGGUGGGCGGGGCCUAAUGCUGGUAGACGCCUGUACGAAGUAUUAGAGUCUAACGGGACUAUACGAUAUUUCCAUGAGAGUAUUUUGCAAGCUAUGGAAGGUGUGUCUCCCAGGAUAGAAGAGUGCCUCCAGUCACUGCGUCUGUAUGACUUCCUCUGGCAGCAAGACAUGCAUGCCACAUGCAAGUAUCUGCUCACCUCACUACCACAGCCUCACGACUGCUCCUCUCACAUCGAGAACUUUAUGGUACUAGAGGAUAAGAUCGAUGGACUCCGCUCGGUGUUUAGUGUUGGUCACCUCCAACUCUCCUCUCUACCCGUCAAGAACUCACUCAGAGCUCUAGCCGUGGCUUGGAAGAUUGAGUUUGCUUCUUUUUUACACGGACAAGGCAAAUCCUCCCUCCAGUCUCUGGUGAGCCAGAGAGAGGCCAUGCUCCACCAGCUGUCCUGCCCAGUGGAGACACUGGAUCAACUCAAGAGCACUCUUGAGCUACUGCACACCAUUACUGACAUGCAGAACCUCAUUGAUGAACUGUACCUCCCAGUGGAGAGACUCUACACUAUGCUGAGGGAGUACAACCCUCAUCUGCCUCGCGCUGAAGUACAGCAGGUAGACUCACUGAGGGAUGACUGGCGGGCACUCACUGACCUAGCAGAGCAUGUCCAACACCAGCUGCUGUCGGAGCAGAGGCGCUUCUUUGAGAGGGAGGUGGACAAACAAGUGAAGGCGUUUGUCGUUAGGACCAUUCAGUUCCGGAACAGUUUUGACACCGAGGGACCACUCGUGCCUGGCCUCGUUCCCAGUGAAGCAGCUAUCAGAUUGGGCUCUUUCCUGGAAGGUUGUGAAGAGCUCAAGUUGCAGCGUGAUCUUUUAGUGACAGUCCAGAAGCUGUUGGACAUUCCCCCCACCCCUUAUCCAGAGCUGCAUCAGACAGAACAAGACCUUUCCUACCUACACGCUCUCUAUGACAACUAUCAGCAAUUCAUUGACUUUGAUAAAAGGUUUCGACAAGAGCUGUGGGCGGAGGUUGAUCUAGACGAAGCGGUUAAACAGACGGAGGGAUUCUGGUGUGCCUACGAGAGACUACCCCUAGAGCAGCAAGAUUGGGAUGCAGCCAGGAAACUCAAGACAGAGCUCUCCCAGUACAGACAGAUACUCCCUCUGCUCAUGCAGCUGCACUCUAAGGAGGUCAAGAACAGACACUGGCUGCAGGUCAUGAGUGUAGUGAACUGCACCUUUCAACUGGAGGGCAGCAUCUUCAAGAUGAGCCACCUUCUAGACGCUGGACUACUGCAUCACCUCUCUUCACUUCAAGAGAUAGUGUCCUGUGCUGGCUCUGAGCUUGAUCUUGAGGAGAGGUUCUUCUCUCUAGAGGAAGAAUGGAGUGAGGCCAGUCUGGUCUUCCUCCCGUAUAAGAGCCACGGACAUGCUCUACUGGAGCAGGAGCACACUCUCUCGCUCAUAGAGCAGCUGGAACAUGCGCACACUCUGUUAGCCACCAUGCUGUUAUCUAAACACAUAUCACCGCUGAGAGAGGAGGCCUCACAGUGGGCAAUCAAACUGGGGAAUGUGGCCGACAUCCUACAACAGUGGAUGUCAGUACAGGAGUUGUGGCAGAACCUUGAGGCUGUUUUCAACACCUCCUCCACUGCCAAAGAUUUCCCAGAAGAGGCCAUCAAGUUUGCCUCGACUCAUAAGAGCUGGGUCAAGCUGAUGAGGGCGGCUCACCAGACUAAGAGUGUCCUGCUGUGUUGUACAGGAGGGGACUCCCCCAGAGAGGGGCAGCUGGCAACCAUCGCCAGGGGACUCGAGGAUUGCAAGAAAUCUCUCGCCUCUUAUCUUGCCUCAAAACGAUUGGUGUUCCCUCGUCUUUACUUUGUGUCUGAUGAUUCGCUCCUGAGUCUCCUGAGUGACCCCACCUCCACCUCCUCCCUCACCACACACCUCGGCUGUUUGUUCGGGGCAGCUGCCGGCAUACUGACCACGCCCACAACUCAGAAAGGGAAUAUCCCUGCAAUUACUGGAGUGGAGUCAGUGGAGGGAGAGAGACUGGUCCUGUCUGAACAGGUCCCCCUCAAGGGUGGUGUGGAGGUGUGGGCUAGUCACCUGCUAGCCGGGGUACAGGCCACUGUCAGAGAACAACUACUGAGCGUGCUCACUGUGCAACAAGAUGGCUUCUCCCUGGAAGAGUGUGCCCACAAACACCCCACACAAGUGGCCUCUCUGGCUAUCUACUCUCAGUGGACCAAAGAGUGUGAACAAGCACUAAUGCAAUGCAGGUACGAUCGACGAGCCUUGCCUGGGGUGAGGGGGCGGUUUGGUAACUGGUCAGUGGGUAAACUCACCACCAUCUUGAUGAGAAACGCUUGGAAGAGCACUGAUGAACCUUUGACCUCUGCACAGAGGGUCAAGCUGGAAACAUUGACGCAGCUAUCGUUAUGGUUACGAGAUGUGGUUGAUGAUCUUUGUCAACGCAAGCUAAAGGACAUUGCUGACUUUGAGUGGCAGCGUUACAUUCGUCCCUACCUCACCGAGGAUAACAAGACCACACCUCCUGAUGGAGAAGAGGGGGGCGUGGCACAUGAGGAGACUAGAAACAUAGUGAUGAGAUGCUUGGAUCAAGAGUUACCGUACGGCUACGAGUACACUGGCUGUAACACACUCCCCGUGUUUACACCACAGUCAGACAACUACAUCAUCGCUCUCACUCAAGCCUUGUCCUCACACCUCUCUAGUCGGCUGGUGGGGUCGGUAGGAUCUGGUAAAGUGCAAACAAUCAAGGGUAUUGGUCAGCUGUGUGGUAGGUUUGUGUACACUCUUCACUGCUCCUCUCUCACCACCCCGGCGGCCAUAGCCAGGACACUGGAGGGAGUGGUACAAGACGGGACCUGGGUGUGUCUUGCUGACGUACACACACUGGACACACCCUCCAUCUCAGUGCUUUCCCAGAUGAUGCUGGCCAUUAGGACUGCAUUGGUAGCGAAGAAAACAAUGUGUACCUUUGUAGGAGGAGCAGAGAUAUCACUACAGCCCCGGUUGGCUGUGUUUGUGACGUCAACCCCGCAUUGGAAACUUCCCUCCUCCUUCUCCUCUCACUUCCGCACCUUCUCUCUCCCCCGGCCGGACCCCACCCUCCUCCUGAAGGCAAAGAUUAGCACACUGGGACUCAGGGGACCCAAGCCACUCGCUAACAAGCUAGUCACGUUACAGAAAAUGGUCACCGAUCAAUUCUUCUCCCUCCCCACGGCUCUGACCACCCACCGCAUCUCACACAUCUUGGAGGCAGUCCAACGAAAGAUAGUGGCCACAAAGUCCCAACGUAAAGCCACACCAGAACACACCAACUUCCUUGCUGUACAGGAACCCUCUGAGUCUAGACUACAGCAGAGCAACCUCGGGCGAUCACCUGGUCGAUCACCCGGUCAUGAGUUAUUGAGACAGGCGAGGGCCAAGCCUUCCCCCUCCCACCAUAACACACCCAAUGCAGCUGGUGCGGCCCUGCCAGCUGCUGCCCUCAGGGAACACUCACUCAUAGCUCAAGCACUGGUGGCAGUGGCAGGACCCAUGUUCCCUGAGCAGGAGCUACCGGUGUUCGUUCAAAUGGUGAAGGAUGUGUUUGCAGUGAGUGUUGACCUCGGUCACAUACUCUCCCACCCGCUGUGUCUUGACCUACCUCCUUUACUCGUACACACCCCCAAAACACCCACGGCCAGUCGGAGGGUGAUGUGCGGGGCUCUGGAAAUGGGUGUGGUCUCCCAGCUCGUACGAGAAGAGGCGGUUAAAGCUGGCCUAGUGCCAACAGUUUCGUGGAUUAAGAAGACAGAGCAACUCUUACUGAUGAGUCAACAGAAACACGCUGUGAUCCUAGCUGGGCAACCUGGAGCAGGUAAGUCCACAGCUCUUAGUACAGUGGCCUCGGCCCUCAGCACAGUGGAGGAGGGGUGUGCUGUCAAGGUGGUGAGGGUGUUUCCCGGGGUGUUUGAGGGGCUAUCGGAUCUGUAUGGUCAUGUGACCCCAGUAGGGGACUGGGUGGACGGUGUGUUCACUGAUGCAUUCAGGAAGGCCCACAAGGCAACUCAGAGUGUGUCGUGGGUGUGUCUGGAUGGUCCGCUGUGUGGGGAGUGGGUGGAGUGUCUCCCUGAGUUACUGGGACAUAACCGAACCCUCACACUGGGCAAUGGAGAGAGCCUGGUUAUGAGAGGAGGGAGCAUCAAGCUACUCUUCGAGACUGGCAGUUUAGACCACGCUUCUCCAGCCUGUCUACUCAACUGCGGAGUGGUGUACUUUGACAGCUGUGUGCUUGGAUGGCGGUGUGUGUUUAAGAGGUGGUGUGCCAACAGGAGCUCUCAGGAGGGCGACACUCUCACCAAGUACCUGACUCAAGUCAUGGACCCUGUCAUAGAGUUCGUGCUCAUCAAGUCAGGCUGUAGUAGUGUGUACUCUGAAGUGGGCCUACUGGAGACUUGUCUCGCCUUCCUCUCAUCUCUACUGGACAUCUAUCGAGAGACAGCGGAAGUGUUCAGUGAGGUCCACGUGGAGCGUCUGCUACUGUUUAGUGUCAUCUGGAGCUACGGAGGUGUGUUGGUGGGGGAGAAAGAUCAGAGGCGGUUCAGUCAGCUGCUCAAGACACUCACCAACAUCCUCCCCGAUGAUGACUCAGAGUUCUCUGUGUUUGACUAUUAUGUCGAUGAGUCGGGAGAAUGGGAUGUCUGGGGAUCCAGGGUACCCCAAGAGGUCAGCUCUCAUGUGGACAUGUUAGGCAGUGUGUUCGUGGACACUGCAGACACAAUACGUACUGAGGUGUUGUUGGACCUGUCCCUGUCCUCUGGUAGACACACCCUUCUCGUGGGUCCCCACGGAGCAGGCAAGACCACCAUCACUAGACACUACCUACAGGGGAGAGCCCUGCUCCACAGCCAAUCAGAGACUCUGAGACAGACGGUGUUCAAUGGCUUCACUGACUCCGCCCCUCUCCACGAGUUCAUGCAGGUCAACUUCCAUCAUAGGCAAGGGUAUACAUUUGGUCCGAAGCAUCACAAGAAGCUCAACUGGCUUAUCGAUGACCUCCACUGUCCACACACUCCCCACACACACCCUCCCACCGCCCACGAGUAUCUACGGCAACUAUCCGACGUAUCUGGUCUGCACAACCUACAGAAGAGAAACGAACAUUGCACCAUUGAAGACUUGGUGAUAUUCGCUUGUGCAACCGCCGGUAACACUUCACUAGAUCCUAGACUGACAAGACAAUUUUCUACAAUCAACCUACCAGAGCUUAGCGAAGAAAAAGCCCAAAAUAUUAUUUCCCUACAAUUGGCCACCUAUUUGAGUUCCCAUGUCAACGAUAUGGAGGGGAGCUUCAGUCAACUGGCCCUGGUGAUUGGCGGGGUCUAUGUGGGAGUGAGGGAGGCUUUGUGUGUGUCAGAUAUGCCGGGAAGAGGGCACUACUUGUUCUCUCUGGGGCACCUGGAGUCAGUCUAUCAGGGUUUGUGUGUCUGUGCUGAUAGCAAUGGACAGACUGACAGGUGGGGGAUCUACACCACACCCAGACUACCUCCCACAGAGGGGGUAUGUCCCACCAGCUCCCCCACAGACGGGGUGUGUCUUACAGGGCUACUGACGAUCUGUCCCACUAGACUACGGUACACUCUGAGGCACGAGUUGAGGAGAGCUUUAGUUGAAGGACUGUGUAGAAUAAGCGACAGUCAAUGGCUGGACCAGAUAAUACAACAACAGUGUAAUCAGCUCUUGAAGAGAGUCAGGUUCACUGAAGGUGAGGAGGAUAUUCCCUCACUGCCCCUCUCGUUAAGUGGGAUAGCCCCAGAGUUGAAACAAGAUGAUCAGUCCACCUCUGUCAUAUCACCAGUGUGCACCCUACCAGAGGUAUCCCUCCAUGCCGUGAGGGACUGGACUGAGCUGAGGCUGUCCCUGGGCCAGUUCCUGAGGCGAUAUCGUGAGGAGCAUGGUGAAGCAUUCUCUUUAGAGCUCUCCACUAACAACACCAGGCUGCUCACCACACUUCACAGAGCCAUCAAGCUACCUAAGGGUAAUUGUAUGCUGGUUGGAUCCCUGGGACUACCGCUCCACACCCUUGCGACCUUUGCCCUCUACAUUGCUGGCUACAGUCUACAGACGGUGGACACUUCUAAAGAGAUCCUCUUCAAGGAUGGACUGAGAGCUUUGUUUAGACAAGCUGGACUCGAGGGAAGACCAGUCUCCAUCAUACUAAAUGAGCGUGAUAUGAGAGAGAGUUAUGUGCUGGAUGCCUUGAACAGUUUGCUGGCCACAGGAGAACUGGCCACUCUGUUCACCAAUGAUGAGAUGGAUGGACUGCUACAGGCUUUGUUGCCUUCUAUCAAACGAGACUUUCCCAGUGAGGAGACUUGUCCCAUGCAGUACUUCAUAGCACGUGUGUAUCGUAACCUGCGGGUGGUCCUCUGCCUACCCCCCACAGCUCCACUACUGGCACACACAGCACAUGAUUUCAAAGGAAUAAUGGAGGGCUCAAAGGUCAUCUGGGUGCAAGAUUGGGCACAGGACUUUGUCGAUAGCUCCACCCAGCACUUGUUAUCAGCAAGCUCAGUGGAGCGACACACCAGCAGCUCUCUAAGGCAGUCGCUAUUCUCCAGUCUCUCUGCUAUACAUCGCUACGUUAUGAAAGAGACCUCUCAACUAACAUAUACUGGACAGCAACCCGGUCACUUACAACAAACCUACCUACCAAAACACCAACUAUUGCAUUUUCUAGGCUCAGCAACAAAGCAAACCAUAUCCGAGGCUCUCGGUAAACGUGAGAAAAUUGAAUCACCUUCAUCCCUAGAGUGCUUGAUUGAGAAAGUUUUGCAGCUGGAUCAAGAGAUGAGUACAUCGAACACUGUCGAGUUUAAACUACCCUAUGUCGGUCCUACUAAGCAUACGGAAUUUUUAGAAUGCUUUAGUGAGAUUUUUGAGAAGAAAAAUUCAGAGUUGAUUUCUGACCGAAAGAACUUGAGCUUAGCAUUGGAGACUAUUAGUGGCACGCAAAAAGAAGUUGAAACUAUGAAAAGCACAGUUACUGAACUUCGAAAAAAGCAUGAGGAAGCAAACUAUUUAUCUUCAAACCUUCUCCAAGAAUUGACGUCCAAGUCUUGCCAACUGGAGAAACUCAAAGCUUUAUUGGGACAAGGCUCCAGUGUUCUGAGCGCCAUGCAAAUGGUCAGUGAGCAGGAAAGACUUUUGGCAGAGAAUGAAGAUGAUGAUGAAGAGCUGUUGUCUUUGUUUGGUGAUCGCCGUAGCUCACGAUACGACGCUCUCUUACAGAAAUCAAAGGAGCAGUUGGUACAAGCCGAGAGUGAGGAACUAGCAGCCAAACAACACAUGAUGAAAAGCAAAGAAAAGGCGCUUCGUUUCCAGGGAAAAAUCGAUCGAAAUACAAUCGAUCAGAUCAAGUCCCUCAAUAGCCCCCCACGUCUUGUCGGUACUAUCAUGGAGCUAAUGUUCACACUGUUACAGCAGUAUGGGGAGCCUGAUCACCAGACACAGGCCGGGGACAAGUCUGACAGCACGCAAUCUACUUCCGGACAAGGAACAACGACUCUCUCCUCCAAGAGACGAUUACCUGUUGCCUCAGGCUCUCAUUCUGGAGCUGAAACUGCCAAGAUGGAGAAAGAACAAUGGCAAGCGGUCCAGUCUUCUAUCGGUGACUCUCAGAAAUUCCUAGAUCUUCUAAAUCGUCUGAAAUGGCAGGAUGGUUUGUCAGGAGAUGCAGUGAAGCUUAUCGAGUCUAAACUUGAGACGUCAGCUAGUAGUUCGGGUACUGUUAGUUCAGAGAGUAACCGUCGGCAAUCCACUAGUGGCAUGGAUUUGAUCACUGUUGCUAUGGCCCGCCAUGCAGCUGAGAGUGCUGCAAACAUGUGUGCCUUUGCUAUCUCCAUUGUCAGCUACAGUCACAGUCUGCAACCCUACAACCUGGCCCUGGAUAAACUGCAGCAAGCUCAGAAGAAAUUGGAGGAUCUUGAAGCUCGCCCAGAGUCCAGUAUGGCCCACCCCCUCACUCAUUGUAUGACCUCUGACCUUGAGGACCUGACGGAAGAGGGGGAGGUUGAAGAGGAGGGGCUAGCGGCUCUUCAAGAAGAGGUAGACUCCCUGCAGGAAACAUUUGACAGGGCAGUCAUUGAGAAGCACUCUCUUGGACUUUCUUGUCAGCAGCUAGCUGAGAAGCUCAAGACUGCCAACCACUUGUUAGAGAGUUUGAAGAUACGUGAAGAGUCUUGGCACAGGAAACUGGACAGUCUCCCCUCCAUUGAGGUGGUGGUUACUAACUGCAUCCUUGCUGCGGCCUUCACUGUCUACUUCCCUAUACUGAAGACCAGUCAAAGACACUCUCUGUUCAGCGCACUGCUCGAUAUUUGCCAGCACUGCGGACUACCCAUCAAUGAUGACCACAUCCUUACACCGUCGUCCUACCCAAAGUUCCUAAUCGGAGAAGCUGCCCUGUACCACUUCAUGCUGGAGGAGCUUCCUCCUGAUCUGACAAGUCAGCAGAACGGUUGCUUUAUCUCGUACCCUCGUAAGGGGGUGUGGCCUUUUGUACUGGAUCCCCUGAACAUGGUGGGGGCAUGGCUAACUAAGAGGGACCCGGCAGCAAACCUUGUCAAGUUUCAGGAUGCUGAUCUUGGCCUUGUGCUGGUUAGGAGCAUGAUGGAGGGAGCCACUCUCAUAGUAACUGAGGUGGAGUGCCAGACUCUGGUGACUAAUACUCGUCUCAUGGACGCUCUACUCAUCAGGAAGGUCAUUUCAAGGGCAACAACUCCUCAGAAAGUUAUGAUUGGCGAUAGGGAGAUUGAAUGCCACCCCCAGUUCAAUCUCCUGUUGGUAUCCUCUGAUCCUCUCCCCUCCGUUCCUCCGGCCAUUGCCUCGCUAACCUCUGUGCUUGUAUUUCAACCAGAGAGAGAGGGACUUGCUGAGCUACACCUGGACUCUUUCCUGAGCCUGCAAAAUCCCAAGACCUACCACGAUCGUCAGCAACUGCGGACAGAGAUACAUCGACAAGCAGAGAGACUACUAACUGUUGAGGCAGAGCUAUUGCGACUACUGGCUGUGGGAGAGGGUGUGGAGGAGCCUAAAGUCACCAAAGCUAUUCUCUUACAGAACAAGGCGUACGAAGACGCACAGGAAGGACUCAGCAAGGCAGUCUCCUACUACUCUCUGAUGAGUGAUGUGCACCUUAGUGUACUGCGCAGUCUCUCCUCUCAGGCUAGUGUCGUUACGGACGUUGUGGUUGCCAUGGGUUAUUUACUGCCCCUCUACCGAACCACCUUCUCCAGUAUACAGGCCGUGUUCUUAUCAUUCAUAGAGCAAGCAGGAAGUCGUAUCCAGGGGGAAGAUUCACUCCUCAAGAUGACCAGAGCAGCGUACAGUUAUUUUGUGAGAGGCUACUUUGAGAAAGAUAGACUUCUCUUCUCACUCUUUCUCUCACUAGAGAUUGAGAUGAACAAAGGUCGUGGUUCACGAGAAGAGGUGGAGUUCCUCAUUUCCCCCAGUCCUGGCCGGGCGUAUAAUGUCAAGGGCCUUCAUUCUCAGGGCUGUCUGGAGUUAGGGGGUGGGGCUCCUCACGUCGGCUUCGGCAAGAAACCCUUCGAUUGGAUGACCGACGCUCAAUGGCAAAUGUUCCUAAUGCUGGCCUCCCGUUUCUCUUGGGUCCAUGACAUGCUUGAGCGACAGGGAAAGGACGGGAAAGAGGCGGUCUGGCGGACAGUAGCAGAGGGUGUGGCCCCCGAGACUAUCAACCUCGCCGACAGUUUAGGCUACAAGUUGGUCCCCAUGCACCAACUGCUACUAAUGUGUGCCAUGCGUCCAGAGAGGUCCACUCAACUCAUCACUUCCUUCAUAGCCACCGUCCUGGGCUCUGGUCUCAAACAAAGACAGCUCAACUUUGACACCCCGCCUGAUCUGAGUCGACUAACCAAGGGCCUAGGGGCUGAUACCCUCCCUCUGCUACUGUACAGGGAGGAGCCUCAACUGCUGGUGAAUAAGCUGGAGAAAGUUGCUCGCAAGCACAAGGUAACCAUGAGUGUAUGCCACCUCCAUGGCUCUAUUGGGGACUUUGAUUCUGCCCUAUUGGCCAUGCAACAAGCUAGCUCCACUGGACAAUGGCUGCUCCUACACCAUGCUCAGUCGUGCCCCAAACUAAUGGUACAGCUACCCUCUAUAUUACACAACCUCCCCUCAAGGCAGGACUGGAAACUGUGGCUCUCUGCACACGAAGAUUCGACCACUAUCCCAAUGACGUUACUGAAAUCAGUAUGUAGGGUGGUACUAGAGUCACCUCUGUCUGUACGAGCUUCUGUUCUGCAUAGUUUGAGCAGUACUGCUGGGGAAUUGAUCACGUCAAGUUCCAGACAAGAGUGGUUACCAUUAAUGCACAAUGUAGCUUUACUGCACGCCACUGUGAGACUCAGACAAGAGGCCUAUCAGUUUGCAUGGACUGAAGACUACCACUGGAACCACUCACACUUAAUGGAUACUCUGAGGUUCCUGGCUAAAGAGUUCCAAUAUACGGAGAUCACAGCCCCUGGUCUGAGCGGGGUGAAGUCCAUCUCAUGGAGCGGUCUAAGACACAUGAUUUUAGAGGUGUUCUAUGGUUCUGUCAUCACUGACCCAGUCGACAUGUCAACCUUUGCUGCCUUGACUGAUCACUGGAUCCACCCUGGUAGCUCACGACGUGAGGCUGGCCGCUAUCAUAUCUCCUCUCAGUUCUUUGUGCCAGACACUCGGCUGUCUGUACUGCUACAGUUGGUGGAGACUGCCACUCCUCCUCUGGCAUUCACUGCCGAGCUCUGUGGCUUCCAUUACACACCUCUGAUCCAGCUGGGAUGGCGUUCAUAUCUCCUCCCCACACUGUCACAACUCACGAGGCUUAUCCUCAACCACAGCAAGCCACUAUCUCUGCUCAGUCCUCCCCAGACACUCGGUCGCAACCUCUCCAUUACCAGCACCUCUAUGAACAGUGCGACCCUCACAACACAAUCCAGUACUCAGUAUCAGAGUCGGAACAACUACGGAGUUCUGAUCGAGAAGCUGCCAUCUUUCAUUCAAGUUCCAUCUCAGAUAGCGGAGAUGGCUCUCACACUGAUAUCCAGGUCCGCUCUACGGCAGUUUGUAUUCUGUCCUCUUUUACUGAAAGAGCUGUGUCUGCAAAACACUGUGGAGAGGUUAUUGGAGGGGAUUCCCCAGCCUUGGAGGAAGGAGGUGCUUUCAGAGCGGCUCAAAAAACACGGUGAAAACACACCAUUAGGUCUGUUCCUGAAGAUUGAGGCCACUCAAAUGACAGAGUGUCUAACGACCAUUCUUGCUGGCUUACAGGAUUUGCAGCAAGUCCUGUCCCCCUCGUCCAGAGGAGACAGGCUGACAACGAGUUCCCCUUGUCUGGUUGACACUGCCCUGUCCCUGUUGACACUCUCUGUACCUUCGGCAUGGUUGACUGCUGUAGGCCCCUCCUCUCCCCCCGCUCAUUGGCCCCUCAAGGAGUGGGUCCAAGAUCUGGGCACACGAUACGCGUUUAUGGAUCGAUUCCUGAUUGGAGGCCUGGCUAAGACACCCACGUACUGGCUGGGCGCUUUCUUUAACCCUCAGGCAUUGUUGAGCAUCAUUCAACAGAAUGUACUGCGGUCUGUGUGUGUUAAGGGAGGUGCUCUGGAGCAGGUCACAUUCCGAGCAGAGCUGACAAGCAGAGACAAGGAUCAUAUACGUGAUCCUCCCCCGGAGGGUGAACUAUUUGUGUAUGGUGUUCACCUGUGGGGGUGUGGUUACGAGAAGAUGGCCAGUCUGGACCUACAAGACACUCCGCCCAAAGGCCACCCCCCUACCCCCCUACCUGUGCUACACGUGUUCCUGACCACCAAGACCCAGCCGCCACAGCCAGAGCAGCAAGUCAACACACUGGCUAUUGAGAACAAAGGCCCCAAGACCUACCACUGUCCGUGCUUUGUUAGUCAUGCGGCUAGAACUGACACUGUGUUUGCUCUGACUGUCAAUAGCAGUGAUGUCACGCCAUUCAAAUGGACCACUAGGAAUUUAGCUUGUACACUGAGACCAUUUUAGUGUGUGCAUUAGUCAUAGUUUAGUUAGUUUUAUUAUUUUCCAUGUUGCACAUUAGCAAUAAAUGUACAUGUUCGAAUAAAGCCGCGGAUUAAUUAUGAGCUCAAUAAAAA